AUGAAGUUCACCAUCCUCGCCGCCACCCUGCUUACCUCAGUGGUUUCCGCCAGGUCUUUCACUCUGUAUGACGAUGUCAACUUUGGUGGAGCGGCCCAUGCUGAGAACCGGAACAACGAUGCCGCUUGCUGGAACCUCAACGGCGCAGGUGACCACACGAGCUCUGUGAAGGGUGGCUCUGGGUGCACCACGUUCUUCCACAACUGGCAGCAGCGUGGCAAUGCAUUCACGGUUCCGGACUUCCUGAACGACCACAUUUGGUCAUACCGCAACCAGUGCUAG